AUGGCCGCACGAAGCGCAGCUCUCAAGCUCGACUGGGCCAAGGUCACCACCUCCCUCGGCCUCAAGGGCCAGACCGCCGCCUCCCUCCAGGCUUUCAAGCAGCGCAACGAGAACGCCCGUCGCAGGGUCCAGCAGCUGUCGGAGCUCCCCACGACCGUCGACUUCGCCCAGUACCGCUCCAUCCUCAAGAAUCAGGCCGUCGUCGAUGAGAUCGAGAAGCGCUUCUCCGCCUUCAAGCCCGCCACCUACGAUGUCUCUCGCCAGAUCAAGGCCAUCGAGGCCUUUGAGGUCGAGGCCGUCAAGAACGCCGAGGCCACCAAGCAGAAGGUCGACCUCGAGCUCAAGGACCUCGAGAAGACCCUGACCAACAUUGAGUCCGCUCGCCCCUUCGAGGACCUCACUGUCGACGAUGUCGCCGCCGCCGAGCCCUCAAUCGAUGAGAAGACCUCCCAGCUCGUCUCCAAGGGCCGCUGGACCGUUCCGGGAUACAAGGAGAAGUUCGGCGAUCUUUCCGUGCUAUAG